UUAUUAACUUUUCCAGAAGAAACUGCGUUUCACCAAAUUAUAUUUUGAUCGCAACUGAAAAUCACGUACGAAUACUCCCCAUCUUUUACACUGCUUUUUAAAUUUGAUUCCAAAGAUUAUCUCAGGGAAAUGAAAAGAAAUAAGCAAACAACCAUUCAUUGGAUAAAAGUACACAGACCAUAGUCGUGAACACCACAAGUUACCAAAAAGUAUAUAUCUUGGAUCUUGAAUAAAAAUUAUGUUUAACAUCAUUUAACAUCUUUUUGUUGAUUUAAUCAAAGUGAACAAAAAAUAAUUAAAUAAUUUGAAACUACAAUGUCGACACCAGUUUUUAUGACUGUACCCAAGUACGUUGCUAUUUCACCAAGUCCUCUAACCAGGAUCACCCAUUCUCCAGCGCUAUCCAUCGGGAUGCAGUCCGUGUGCUCUGAAUCAUCUUCGGAUGAUUCGUCUGCAAACCGUGGAAAGAAAAGGCGCUUGGAUCAUCUAUCAUGGGAGGAGAAACUACAAAGAAAAAAAUUGAAGAACCGUGUAGCAGCACAAACAUCCCGUGAUCGGAAAAAAGCCCGCAUGGAAGAAAUGGAACAGACCGUGAACGAACUCACAGAGCAGACAGACAUGUUGAAAAACAAAUGCGACAGUCUUCAAGCUAUCAAUGAAAAUCUUUUGGCCAAGAACCAGAAACUAGACAAGGAAGUUGAGUAUUUAAAAGAACAACUCAAACAAUUACAAAGCGCACAACAAGAAAAUCAGAAACAUCAACAGCAUCAAGCAUCGCAACAGUCGUCGAAUUGUGUCGAUUUUGAUUCCAUUCUCAAAGGAUCUGCAGUAUCCCUACUUAACCCUCUGCCGCAGGGAAUGAAGGAAUUACAAUCGAUGACACAAGGCAACCGACAGGAGCGACGCCGCAGCAACAAGAGUCCACAACAAUACCCAGCCUUCGGAGAACUCAGUUGCAGCUCUGUGGAAAAUAGUGGCGCUUUGCCUUCUCUACAAGACAUGCUCGAAGAUUUCGACGCCACUAAACUGGAAGAGCUUGCCGAAAGCCUACUCGCAGAUAUCACUGCAGACUUGGAAGGAAGCAAUCCAGAAGGCCACACAGAUGCUCCCGAAGAUGCAGGCAUCGCAGAGCGAUUGUCUGGAUCAGUGGUGGGGACCACACCAGAAAUCAUGGAAUCCAGCCAAUAUACCAGUAGCUGCAGUAGCAGCGACGACAGUGGUAUCUGCCUAACAACAACAACAACUGAACCCACAUCGUUACUUACGAAUAUAGACACAACAGCGAACUUACAACAACAGCAACCCCUAGACACCGGCGGUGAAACUAUUUACGGGACCUACGACGAAAAGACAAAUUCCAUUACAAUAGUGGUGGGCGAUGAUGCAGUCGCAAUGAAUGAAGCCGUCGAAGAAGUUUAUUGCGAGGGAGAGGAACCGCCCAAGAACGAGGAGACCAUAGAGUGUGGCAUGACAUCCGAUGAUAUUGGAGACGACGAUGAUGAUUUCGAUACGUCUUUUUUGUCGUUACCCUUUGAUUCAAAGAAAAAUUGCCUCAAGAGUCCACUGUCCAUACAUUCUUACUCAGAUCCAGGAUAUGAGUCAAUUGGAUCGCCUCAAAGUGAUAUUGGAUCGACGAUAUCAACGUUUGACGAGAUGGCUUGGACAAACAGUAUAAAUGAGCUGUUUCCAUCGUUGCUUUAAAAAUUUAAAUUUCUAACAAAUUUUGAGGCUUUAAAAAAAUUCAGAAUUUAUUUUUAAAAAUGUUUAAAUUAACCCAAAACAAAAAAAAACCUCAUGACGCUUUAUAUCCUCAAUAUUUUAUUUAUAUAAAUUAUAUUUAUACUUAUGAUGUACUGCUGUUUUUUAUAUAU